GCAGCCAGCCCUCCGUCAUCACCGUGCAGAACAAAAGCAACAGGCUGAAGUAGACCCGGUUAUCUGAGUCUAUAUUACACCAGAUGCGUUACAAUGUUAUCAGCAGAGUCCUGCCAGGGCCUCGCUGAGACUCUGACCGAGACUAAGAGUCUGAGCGCUGAAACCCGGUUAGUACAGCCUGAACCAGAGACACCGGGGCAGCCGCCUGGAGCUGCAGCUCUCAGUGGGAAACAGAGACGAGCCUUGCUGAAGAGAGACCGAAGGAAACGAAAACGCCAGGCUCUUGCUAAACUCAAAUCAUCUGUUGAUCAGUCUGAAAUUGGCCCAAAUGUCCAAGAUGAUGAUAAUGGCGAUGGUGACAGAGAUGACAAGGAAACUGAAGAGGAAAAAGAACGUUUACACAAGGAAUGGAUGGAGAGAGAGCGAAUUGCACAGGAGGAAUUUAGGCUGAAGAAAGAGAAAGAGGAUGGUGCUCAAAGGAGGAAGAUGGAAGAGGAGAAGAGAAUCAGAGAGGAAUGGGAAGAACAGCAGAAGAAAGAAAGAGAAGAGCAGGAGCAGAAGCAGCAGGAGAAGAGAGACAGAGAGGAAGCUGUACAGAAAAUGUUGGACCAAGCAGAGAGUCAGCUGGAAAAUGGAGGUUCUUGGAAAAAUCCUGAUGCCCCAGUGGAUUACGGGACAGAAAAAGACAGGGCAAAUUGUCCCUUCUUCCUGAAAACAGGAUCUUGUAGAUUUGGAGACAGGUGCUCCCGAAAGCAUGAUCACCCGUUAACAAGCAGCACUUUGAUGGUUCGGAAUAUGUUUGUUACAUUUGGGAUGGAGCAGCUGAAGCGUGAUGACUACGACACAGAUGCUAGUCUAGAGUACAGUGAGGAUGAAAUAUUCCAACAAUUUCUGGACUUCUAUGAAGAUGUGCUACUAGAGUUCAGGAAUGCAGGGAAAGUGGUGCAGUUCAAGGUGAGCUGCAACUUUGAGCCUCACUUGAGAGGCAAUGUUUAUGUGCAGUAUGAAACGGAGGAUCAGUGCAAAGAGGCCUUCAUGAUGUUUAAUGGACGUUGGUAUGCUGGAAGGCAAUUGCAGUGUGAAUUCUCUCCUGUAACCAGAUGGAAAACUGCAAUAUGUGGGCUUUUUGACAGACAGAAGUGUCCAAAGGGUAAACACUGCAACUUUCUCCAUGUGUUUCGAAACCCGACUAAUGAAUUUUGGGAGGCAGACCGUGACCUUCAUUUGUCCCCGGACCGCGGAGGUGGUUUCACUAGUCGGAGAUCAGAUCGUAGAGACUGGACUUUCUCACAGCGCAGCUACAUCCCUGGGCGAUCUCACCGUAGAUGGACUGACCGAAGGAGUCGGAGUCGUGAGAGGUCCGAUCAAAGGCGAAGAAGAAACAGUAGAGAGAGGCGGAGUCGUAGCAGAAGCAGAGAAAGUCAGAGGUCUUCAUCAAGAAGAGGACAUGGUUCUAUCAGCGAGCGAUACAGAAAAAGCCGAAGCCGUGAGAGACGGCGGUCACACAGCAGAGAACGAGAUGGCAUAAAAGACUCAAAAAAGAGAUCCUCUAGAAGGUCAGAAUCAGACAGCCCUGAAGAGGAAUAUGGGAAUGGAUCAGAAAAGAAGAGGAGCAAAAGCUCCAGUGGUUGCAAUGCCUCUCCAGAUGCAGUUACCUCCUCACGUCACCACAAAAGCUCUAAGAAGAGCAAGAAAAAGAAGAGCAAAAAGAAACAAAAGCAAAAGAAAAGCAAAUCCCCCAGCGGGAGCUCUUCUGCAGGAUCUGGUAAAGAGUCAGAGGAUGAGAAUGAAAGAACCCUAACAGAUGCGGACAAACAGAAAGCAGAAGUGUCUGGAAAUUAUACAGAGAUCACGGAGCUACACGUAUCACAACAUGAUAAUACAGAAAAUCUUUCAGGUACAAUAUGCCCAGUAGAGGAUGAAAGCCUGCCAAUAACAGAUGUCUCAAAUUCCAGCACUGCUACUGAAACUAACACUUCACUUAAUAUGUGAAACUGCAGCUAUUCAGUUCCAGUUUACAGCAGGAGCAGAUUUUUUGGUUUAAACAAAGAUUGUCAUUUUGUCUAUUUAAGUGAAACACUGCUUUGCCAACCUGUAGAUUUGUAAAUAAACGUUAUUUUAUUAGAAUUAAAAGAUUUUUUUUGAA